ACACACACACACACACCCCAGUCCCACCUCCCUUUACCCAAAACUACAGUGAAGCAAAUUCAAGCGAUUCUCCGCAGUGCUGACAGAGAGCGGAGUGAAGUAAAGAAGGAGAGAGAGAGAGAGAGAGAGAGAGAGAGGGAGAGAGAGAGAAAGAGAGAGAGAGAAACUGCAAAUUUGGUGGCCAGGCUUCCCAGUGCGCACUGAUCUCGGCUGCACCGUCCGACCAGCUCUCCGCUCUGCAGGAUGAGUUCGUUCAGCACGAGGGCUCUGACGUUGCUCUCGUCGGUGUUCGGGGCCUGCGGCCUGCUGCUGGUGGGCGUCGCCGUGUCCACAGACUACUGGCUGCUGAUGGAGGAGGGCAUCGUCCUGCAGCAGAACCAGACCACCGAGGUCAAGAUGGCGCUGCACUCCGGCCUGUGGAGGGUCUGCUUCGUGGCAGGACCGGAGAAGGGCAGAUGUGUGGCCUCCGAGUAUUUCACCGAGCCAGAGAUCGAGAUCACCACUGAAAACACAGCCAACAUACUCAAAAUGGUCCGCACUGCCACCCCGUUCCCCAUGGUGUCCCUGCUCUUCGUCUUCACCGCCUUCGUCAUCAGUAACAUCGGGCACAUCCGGCCGCAGCGCACCAUCCUCGCCUUCGUCUCGGGGAUAUUCUUCAUACUGUCAGGUCUCAGCCUGGUGGUGGGUCUGGUUUUAUACAUCUCCAGUAUUAAUGACGAGGUGAUGAACCGGCCCAGGGAGCCCGAGCAGUUCUUCCACUACCACUACGGCUGGUCCUUCGCCUUCGCCGCCUCCUCCUUCCUGCUCAAAGAGGGUGCGGGGGUCAUGUCCGUCUACCUCUUCAUGAAGCGCUACGCUGAGGAGGAGCUCUACCGGCCCCACCCUGCUCUCUACCGCCCCCGCAUGUCUGACUGCAGCGACUACAGCGGCCAGUUCCUCCAUCCGGACUCCUGGCCCCCUCCCCAGCGAGGCCGCAGUCCCUCCGACGUCUCCUCCGACAUCUCCAUCCAGCUCAACCAGACUCCGCCCCCGCAGCCGCCCCCGAAGGGGGGCAGCAGCUCCCAGGCGACGCCCUCCUCCUCUGGGCCGUCGUCGGCCGCCAGCUACCAGCUGCAGCCGGCCUCCUCCUCCUCCACCUCCUCCUCCUACCCGCAUCCCCUUCACCCAGGUGCCACCUCCACCUUACCCAGGGUCUCCCACGCCCACCCUCAGCCCCACCCCCACCCGAGCGGGCCCCCGCCCCAGUCCCUGCCCAUGGCGGCGCCCCCCACCGCCGUGCCUCCACCUCGCUACCACACACACAUGCGAAUGAGUGCCUCGCCAUGCUAGGCUCGUGGAAGCAGGGGAAAGGGAGGGCAAACACAACUGGGGUUGGUGACGGAG